CCUGUCCCCCGGUGGCCCUCCGACUGACUCCCGACGCGCCCCGGCCGACUCGCGAGGCCCUCCGGCUGCCUCCCGACGCCCUCCUCGCCUCGCCUGCGGAAGAAGAGGCUGGCCGGCCGCUCGCCCGCUCUCCGCCCUCGCCUGGCGCAGCGGGAGUCGUGUGGCUUUGGCUCGGCUUGCUCAGGCCUUUCUCCCCUGCGUCGGCAGAGGGCUCUUGAUGAUCUAAGGAAAGGGAAUCGCAGCCGCGAGACAUUCAUUCUGGAGGACAUGGUGAGUUCAGCUGACAUAUAAGAGAGAGAGGAGUCCUAAGCGCCAUCCGUGCGAGAGGAUAGAUCUAGGCCGUGCUUCGCAGCAGGCGCACGCCCGCGCCCCCGACGUGAGUGUCGCAGCGAAGCCGCCUUUCCAGCCAUGGAUGCCGGCCUGCGGCGGUGGGUCGAGAGCAACAGCGCGCCCGUGAGGAGCGAGGGCCACUUCACGGUCCGCGAAGUGAGGACGACGACCGUGCUAGACGACCCGACGAGCAAGGUGCGGGUCCUGGCCGUGGGCCCCGACAACGGCGGCGAAGUAAAGAAGGUGCUCCUGCUGGGAGAGACCGGGAACGGCAAGACGCACUUCUGCAACGCCCUCGUCAACAGGCUGUUCGGCGUCAGGCUGGGGGACGACGUGCGCCUCCAGCUGCGGGACCAGAUGGACGACCCCGGCAAGAGCUCGACGCAGAGCCAGACGGAGUACACGACGGCGUACGUGAUCUACCGCCAGAACGGGAUGCCCUGCGGCCACAACUACAUGGUGAUCGACACGGCGGGCGUGGGGGACACGGGCGGCUGCCUUCGGGAGGAGAGCAACGAGCGACAUUUCCGGCGGUGCUUGGUCGAGCACGCCUGGAUCACGGAGCUGAGCAGCGUCGGGCUGGUGUGGAAGGCCAGUGACCACAGGUACGACCAGAGGAAGAGGGACGUUCUGGGCAAACUAAAGGGCCUCUUAGGCUAUGACGCGAAGCCAAUAACUGAUAUUCUGGUCACGUUCUCCACCAAUGGGUCUCGCGAUGCCUUCGACAUCAUGAGAGAGGCAGGCGUUGGCUACCGCGGAGAAUUCCUGUUCGACAAUGCGCCUCUGUACAAAGGUUGGCCCCAGGACAAGAUGCGGAGGAAGAAGCUGGAGAUCGAGUGGGAGAUGAUGGAGGAGAGCCUCAACGCUUUCCUCGAAGCUCUGAGUCAGAGGAAGGCUGUCGAGCUGAAUGUAACAGUGAAGCUGAUCCGCUCGCAGUUCGAACUUGAAGACACCAAGGCGGAGCUGCAGGCCCUUUGCCAGCAGGAGGACGAAUUUCGGCAGACGAUUGAGAGGCACGAGGGGAAGCUGUGCAGACUUGAGGGCAAAGAGUCAGAGGUGGACUGGGACGAAGUGCGGGCGCUGGACAGCAGCAGGGAGGAGCUGGUCUUGGAGAACGGAAAACACUGCCACUACUGCCCCGAAUGCGACAAGGUAUGCGUGCCUCUGUGCUCUUCGAACCCUGCUAAUGAACGAACCGAGAAGGUUGUCGGGGAGGCAACAAACGCGGGAUCAUCAAGAGUAAUAUGCUCGUUUUUUAAAGAUGGUUCUCAUAACUGCCCAGAAUGUGACCAUCGCCAAAUCGAUCACGAAUUCAGAGGUAAAAUCCUCGUCAAAGAGGCCACCUUCGAACAGAAAGUGGAAUUGGUCAGGAAAGCUCAGUAUGAGAGAGUCAUGGAUCAGAAAGACGGCAUUCGAACUGAUAUUGAAGCAUAUGAAGCACACCUGAAAGAAAUCGAGAAUCAAAACAGGGGGCUGAUAACCACGUGGUGCAGACUCGAAGAACGGAUCAGGCAUUUGAAACUUGGAAACUGAAAGCGCUCAGCAAGGAACAUUUUCCGGCCGAUCCUGCAGUGAUAUUGCAGAUAUGUACACUGCAAAGUAUUCUGAAUUAUUGCUGCUGAAAAUGGCAAUAAGAUGUUGACCAAAAAAUAAAUCGAAUUAUACA